AUGGGAAUUCCUGUUGUUACAUUAGAUUCUUACAUUCCGAAGCAAAGAUUAGUACAUUUUGAUUUAAAAGGAGCCCCUCCAAAAGUGAGUUAUAUUAAGAAGGUAAUUAAGCUUUCUAAGCAAUUGGGAGCCACAGGAAUACUUAUGGAAUAUGAAGAUAUGUUUCCAUUUUGGGGGCCGUUAUCAGUUCUUUCUGCCGGUAAUGCAUAUACAAAAAGUGAUAUAGAGGAAAUUCUUGCUUUUGCCAAAACUAACGACUUGGAUGUAAUACCUCUUGUUCAAACUUUUGGUCACGUGGAAUUUGCUUUAAAAUUAAAAAAUUUUGCUGAUUUGCGGGAACUUAUUUUGCAAAAUAUCUCUAAUCUAAUUUAUUUAGAGUUGAAUUAUCUUAAGUUAGAGUUUUUUUAUUUCAUUAAAUCUAAUAUUACUUUUUCAGUAAUGAAAUAUCAUCCAUCUGCCAAGUAUCUUCACAUCGGAUGCGAUGAAGUUUUUCAAAUGGGUGAAUGUCCUAAAUGCCGUUUGCAACCGAGGUAUAAUCUUUUUUUAUCACACGUUUCUCGCGUUGCUAAUUAUGUAAGAAAAAAUUAUCCGAACGUGACACCCAUCAUCUGGGAUGAUAUGCUUAGACAUUUGCCCACUCAAUCUCUUGAAGAAUUUCAUAUUGGAAAAUUAGUGGAACCAAUGGUUUGGGUGUACGCAGAAGAUAUUUACAGAUUUGUACCAUCUUUGGUAUGGGAAAAAUACGCUGAAAUUUUUCCAAGGGUUUGGGUUGCUUCUGCUUUUAAAGGCGCGUUCGGUGAAACAAUGUAUAUUCCUAAUGCCAAGAGACAUUUGGAAAACAAUUUGAGAUGGCUUGAAGUAAUGACGGCUGAAAAUCAAAAGUUUAAAAAUGGAUUUGCUGGCAUCGCACUCACCGGUUGGCAAAGAUAUGAUCAUUUCGCCGUUUUAUGCGAACUUCUUCCCGCCGGCAUUCCUUCGUUGGCCAUCAAUCUUCUAGCCGUGAGUCACGGUUAUUUUAAUCAGUCUCUUCGUAAUAAUCUACUGUUGCCUCUCAGCUGUCAAACGGAUUCUCAUCCGUAUUCUGGAAUAGUAAAUUUCAAUAGUGAUCCGUUUAUGUGGAGCAAGCUUUCUCGAUGUUUUUUUCCUGGCUCUAGUUUUUAUAGGCUAUUGAACAGGUUUCAUUCUACUGAAAAAGAAGUCAAAGAAUUUUUACAUGUCACAACGAAAUCAAAAGGUUGGAUGACGGAUUACAACACGGUACAUAAUUUUUCCAGUCCGCUGAGAGUGGACGAACUUAUGGUCGAUUAUCCUCGUAUAUAUAAUAAUCUUAUUUCGCUCGAGCGUCACGCCAGAGAGUCUUUAGAAGAAAUUUUCGAUCAAUACACAGUUAAUGAGUGGUUAGAGCAAAGAAUUUACCCUUAUCUAAAAAAAUUAGAACAACUCGAAGCCAAUGCUCUUAGUCUUAAGGCAAUUAAAUAUUGGCCUGUGAGGCCUUUAAAAUCAGUUAGAAGUUACGAUGAACAAUCAAAUUCACCUGGAUCUGUGAAACAUUAG